AUGUUCGCAGCAUCGUCAUCAAGAAUACUUGCCAGCGGCGCUCGCCGUGCCAUUACUUCAUCGCGCAGCUUCCAUGCCUCAGCCCAGCGCCUGAACGAUGCUGCGCCGCUACCGGCUAGAAAGCCCAUGGGCGCAUUCAGAGGAGGUCUGUUCGGCUUCCUGUUUGGAAGUGUCCUGGCCGGCGGCGCCGUAUACAGCUACGUCCUGCAGGAGUACAAGGCGUCCAACGAGCUCCUCACUGAGGACAUUUACGUACGUCUACCUUAUCUGCCUGCCCUGGGCGAGCUUGGCAUUUCAACAUGCUUCGCGACCAUAAGCUCCCUUUUUCAUCCACCCUCUCUACAGCUCUAG